UUUAUAUACCUCAGCAAAUAUGUUUAAAGCAAGCACAAUUAAAAAAAGGAUUGUUGCAUUGGUGGAUAUGGAUUGUUUUUAUGUUCAAGUCGCGCAGAAGAAAAACCCUGCCUUGAAAGGGAAACCAUGUGCUGUGGUUCAGUAUAAUGCUUGGAAAGGUGGUGGGAUUAUCGCAGUAAGCUAUGAAGCUAGAAAAUGUGGAGUAACACGGCAAAUGAGAGGAGAUGAUGCAAAAAAAGUUUGUCCAGACAUUGCUCUGGUUCCUGUUCCCGAAAGCAGGGGAAAAGCUGACUUGACACAAUUUAGAGAUGCUGGGGCUGACGUAAUUGAGAUUCUUGCUGAAUUUUGUCCAGUUAUAGAACGAGCAAGUGUUGAUGAAGCAUACUUGGACUUGACAGAAAAAAUAGAUCAGACCCUUCAGAAUUAUAAUGUUGAGGAAGUGGCUAUGCAAAUUUUCCAGGACACGCAUAUCAUUGGUGUUGACAAUAUUGAUCCGAAGUUACAGAGUAAAGAUGUUAUCUUAAAUUCUGAUCUCUUCAAACAAUGGUUGAUCACAUUGAAAAGGAACGACAAUUUUCGACUUGCUAUUGGUGCUGUUAUUGCUUCCAAAAUGAGACAAGCUGUCCGACAAAAACUGGGGUUUUCGUGUUCUGCUGGUAUUGGACCAAACAAGGUCCUUGCGAAAGUUGUUGCCGGCUUUUAUAAACCUAAUCAGCAGAGCUUAAUAUUGGAAGAAAACAUUGUUGGGAUGUUUGAAAGCACUAAAAUAAGAAAAGUGCGACACUUAGGUGGAAAGGUGGGAGCGCUGUUGGAAGAAAAAUUUAAAGUGGAAUACAUGUCUGAAUUGCUACCAAUAUCUCUACAGGAGUUACAAGCAAAUGUGGGAACGAAAGCUGGGGAACAAGUGUAUUGGUUGUGUAGAGGGAUUGAUCACGAACCUGUUCGAGUCAGACAAUUAACUCAAUCUGUCGGGUGUGGCAAAAACUUUCGUGGUGCACAAAAAUUAAAAACAAAAGCAGACGUUUAUAAAUGGUUGGGAAAUUUUGCCGAUGAGAUUGUCGAAAGACUCGAAAAAGAUAAACAGCAGAACAAUCGUGUUGCCACACAAAUAACUGCAGGAUGUGUUAAUGAUCAAAAUCAAAGUCAGUCAAGAAGAUGUUCUGUGCUGAGAAUAACAUCAGCUGACAUUCAAGAUGAAGCAUUUCGGGUUUUAUCUGAAUUUAAUAAAAGUUCUUCUACAAACGAAUGGAGUCCUGGACUUAUUAAUUUGAAUUUAUGCGCAAGUAAAUUUCAAGAUAUUGCUACACCAGGGGUGAAAUCGAUAAAUUCAUAUAUGACGGCGGAAACAGCAGCUACAGCCCUUGCAAAUCAUGAUAGAAAAAACGUGCCUGUACUAGAGAGAAAAAGCUCCCCAAAGAAAAAAAGUUCUGUUGCAAUAUCCAAUUACUUUGCUGCCACCACUCGGAAGUUCAAUUCUGAAUCUGGGUGCAACAAAAUUGAUGCACCUACAUUGGGUACCAAGAUGAAAAACAGAUUGCUUUCCCAUAGUGAACCAAAUGAAGAAAGUUCUGGUAAAAAUAACGCUAUUGAUACGCAUGACAAGACUAGAGAGAAAUCUUCUCCAGCAAACUUUGGUCAAAAUUUGUUUUCAAGAUUUUGCAGUACUACAGAGACUUCUACGGCUACGAAGCGAUCUAGAGGCGGCAGUAUUCGAGUGAAUGAUAGAAUAUCAAAUAUAUGCGAAGAUGUUGAAGGAAAUAUUGUUUCCCCUAAUUGUUCCGGUUCGAUUCAAGAUUUGUCGAUUUGUGAGAAAUGCGGGAAGAGAGUGUUGGUUUGGGACUUGCCAGAACACAUGGAUUUCCAUUUCGCAAAAGACUUGCAAGAUUCGAUGAGAAAGGACUUCUUAAACCUUUAUAGUAACAAGCGAAAUGAAAAUUCGAACGGAAUUCGAAAUCAAGCGUCGAAUUACACGAACUCUCCAUUAAAGAAAAAAACGAAAACUGACGAUUCGUUUCGAAAAUAUUUUUCAGCUAGUUAAUCUGGUCUCAAACAUAUUUCUGUAAUGUAUAUCUUAUACAAAUUUUAGCGCGGAGAAAAUUAUCAAAAUUGGCGAUUUUGAUCUAAAGUUACCAAAUUCUGGUAUUAAUCUGGUUUCAAACGAUGUCAAUGUUGGAUAAUUUAUUCAUACAAAUUUUAGGGCGUUGAAAGUUUGAAAAAUUGGCGAUCUGUAUCAUAUAAUAAUUUUCUACCAAUGUUUAACUUUUAAUUGGCUGAUUUUCUUCAUCGCCAAAUUUUACCCUCGCCAAAAUAUAAUUUUUCCUCCAUCGCCAAAUUAAAACACGCCAAAUUAUAAUUUCCCGUCAUCGCCAAAUUAACCCUCGCCAAUAUAUAAUUUUUCCUUCAUCGCCAAAUUUAACCUUGCAAAAAUAUAAUUUUUCCUUCGUCGCCAAAUUAAACCUCCCAAGAUGUAAUUUUUCCCGUUAUUAAAAUCAACUCUCCGUCAAAAUUAUUUUACGCACGGGGUAAAUUGUAAUGUUAAAGAACCAGUAAAUUCUUGUAGAAAGUUAAAACGCUGAAUAGCAAAAAUUGAAUUGUUGACACUAUUUUUAUUUUACAAAGAAUAAAUUGUAUAUGGUUUAAAUAAGAAAGUGUAGUUGAAACAUCCAUUCCUUAU